CGAAACAGUCUUCCGCCGCAGCUCGACGCGCUCGCAUAUCGGGAAUAUAUAGAUCGGAGAUAUCGCAGGACCCACAGCAGAGCAGAGCCGCAGAGCCACCAACCUCGAUGGGCGUCAUCUACAAGAUACUGAAGCAGCAACGCAGCAUGGAUCUCAGCCUGAGCUCGGCCACCAGGUGCAAGGUGCAGGCGGCCAUCAAGCAGCGCCAGCAGCAGCGCCGCCUUGAGGAUCACAUGGUGGAGGAGCGGGAUCGGGAUCGGGAGCGGGACCAGCAGCCGGAUCAGGAUCAGAACCAGGUCCAGAAUCACAUCGACAAGGAUAAGGAGGAGCUGGCCGAGCAGCAAUUACAGCAGCUGUGCAGAUUUCUAGCCGAGAAUGCGGCGCGAAAAAAGCGUCAGCGUUUCAAGCUGCAGUACCAAUGCAAUCUGGCCAUCGAUCAGGAUAACGAUCAGGAGCAGAUGCCGGAGAAGGAGCACUUUGCAGCGCCGCCGCACGAGAUGGACCUCGAGUUCAUAGAGCAGCUGCAGCAAUCCUCGCCCGCCAAAUCCCACGGAGCAACUGGGCAGGCGCCACGUGAUAGCAUCCUGCUGAAGAUUCGCCACCAGAUCUUCGAGAGAAAGCGGCAGAGGCAGCGCCAGUUGGCGGAGCUGGUGCAGCAGCGAAUGGUGGUGUGGCGACCUUGGUAGCCGGAUUCCCCCAAAACAAGGAGAAAAAGAGGGAGAUAGCUAGAAAGUUAGAAAGAGAGAGAGAGAGAAAUCCGGGAACUGAGACUAGUCUAAGGGUUAGCUUUAAGGACGCAUUCGGUAUUAUUCCUGCUGCUGUGUGAUGAUCGCGCUGCUCUUCCAUUUUCCCACGCCUCUGCAAACCGACUUUAUUUUUUUUCCUGUUAAUAAAUAGUUAAGUAAUAAAGAUUUUUUUUG